ACGUCACGUGUGGCUGUGACGUAUGAACAGAUGUUAGCACGCUGUUGCUAACGUUAGCUCCGUGGUGAGUUCACGGACCGAUGGAGCCGGGCCGGCGAACCGCUGCGAGCUAACCCGGGAUCAGUGCGCACACAGCGGGCUGCCUCACACUGUCACACCGGUAAACGGGCUCUGCUGCCCGGUACCGACUCUCGGCUCAGUGACGCUGCAGACCUCCGUCUGUCGGCAUGGGGGACGUGAACGCGAACUCCCGGUGCCAGAGCACCGGCGACCCGCAGCUGGACAAGGCGGUGCACCAGUGGCUCACCUGGGACCAGAACCGAUGGACCCGGGCUCAGGUGGAGGCUCUGGUGGCGGCGGGUCGCCUGGACGACCUGAGGAACAGACUCUGCAGCAGGAUGAGCUUCGGCACCGCCGGACUCAGAGCGCCGAUGGGAGCCGGGUUCAGCCGGAUCAACGACCUCACCGUCAUCCAGUCCACUCAGGGUCUGCAUUCGUACCUGUCCAGGUAUUUUGCUGACUUCAGCAGCAGAGGAGUGGUGGUUGGUUUCGACACCAGAGGGCAGGAGGAGAGCGGCUGCAGCAGCCAGCGUUUGGCAACGCUGGCGGCAGCCGUGAUGCUCAGCAGAGACGUUCCCGUCCAUCUGUUCUCCACGUUCGUCCCCACGCCGUACGUGCCGUACGCCGUGAGGAAACUCGGGGCAGCAGCCGGAGUCAUGAUCACCGCCUCACACAACCCUAAAGAAGACAACGGAUACAAGGUGUACUGGUGUAACGGCGCCCAGAUCUCUGCCCCUCAUGACAAGGAGAUCCUGCGGAGUAUCGUGCACCAGCUGGAGCCCUGGAGCGCCUCCUGCUGGGACGAGGAGCUAGUGGAGACCUCCCCCCUCAGGACCGACCCCCUGAUCCAGAUCAACAGCUGCUACAUGGACGAGCUCACCUCCCUCUGCUUUCACAGGGAUCUGAACAGAAGUUGUCCACUGAAGUUCGUCCACUCGUCAUUUCACGGCGUCGGACACGUCUACGUCCAGCAGGCCUUUCAGACUUUUGGCUUCACUCCACCGAUCCCCGUCCCAGAGCAGAAAGACCCCGACCCUAACUUCUCCUCCGUCCGAUGCCCCAACCCCGAGGAGGGAGAGUCAGUCCUGAAACUUUCUCUUCUUCUGGCAGAGAAGGAAAACGCCCGAAUCGUUCUGGCAACGGAUCCGGACGCCGACCGUUUGGCUGUAGCAGAGAAGUCUGACAGGUGCGGUUGGAAGGUGUUCACAGGUAACGAGCUGGCGGCUCUGUUGGGUUGGUGGAUGUUGUUUAAUUGGAAGGAGGCUCAUCCAGAUCCUGCAGACUCUCAGAAGGUUUACAUGUUGGCCACCACGGUGUCCUCGAAGAUCCUGCAGGCCUUCGCUCGUAUGGAGGGGUUCUGCUUCGAGGAAACUCUUCCUGGGUUUAAAUGGAUCGGGAACAGAAUCCAUGAACUCUCCAAAACAGGAAACAGCGUCAUAUUCGCCUUCGAGGAGUCGAUCGGUUUCCUCUGCGGCAGUUUGGUCCCUGAGAAAGAUGGCGUGAGCGCGGCGGCGGUCGUGGCGGAAAUGGCUGCUUACCUCCACAACAAGAACUUGAGUCUGAACCAACAGCUCCACAACAUCUACCAGACGUACGGGUAUCACGUGUCUAAGACGUCCUACGUCAUCUGUAAUGACCCCCCCACCAUCCAGAAGAUCUUCAGCCGCAUCAGAAACUUUGACGGCGAGGGUUCGUACCCAAAGACGUGCGGCGGUGUUCAGAUCAUCCAUGUCAGAGACGUUACCACGGGAUACGACAACAGCCAGCCCGACCUCAGAUCUGUACUUCCUGUGACGAGCAGCAGUCACAUGAUCACCUUCACUCUACAGAACGGCAUCGUGGCCACACUCAGAACCAGCGGCACCGAACCCAAAAUCAAAUUCUACACCGAGUACUGUGCCGCACCGGGGGUCAGUGAGGUGUCCAGUCUGGAGGCGGAGCUUAGGAAGACCACCGGCGCUCUGCUCGACGAGUUCCUGGAGCCUGAAAAGAACAACCUGAUUCGCCGCUGCGUCUAGCUCCGCCUCUUACUCGCCUGCUCUCCCCUCCACAGCUGUUUCCUGUUGAUGAUGUCACAUCCUGUUGUUGUAGACCAAUCAGAGCAGCUGCUGCUUCUGUCCAUAACGAUUACAGAUCAAUAUUUAUCGUCAUCGAGCAGAGAGCAUGAUGGGUAAACAGUCCAACCAAAGACGAGCUCACGACGGCCUAAACGUGACUUCAUCACGCCGCGUCACGGAACGAUGUUUUUGUUUAGUCGAAACAUUUCAGUUUAACGAGCUGAAGUUCAAACGAGAAAGUGUUAUUUAUUCAUUAAACUUUGUCAGUGUUGGAACGAGUUCAGACUUUGUGAAUGUUACAGAUUCAGCUGAAGCUCGUUAACUGAUGAAUCAUCAGACGAGGAUUGGUCGUUAAAGAAACAUUCACUCUCCUUCGAUUCUGACAGAUUUCAUUUGUCAAACGUUAACGGGCUUUCCUCCCGUUAACGUCGCUGUUUGACGUUUAGAUGAAUGUUGAAGGUUUCCUUCUUCACGCUCGAUGAUGUUAUUUAUUUUUCUACUGGCAGAGAUGAAACUUAUUUAUGUGACUUCACGUCAUUCUGCUGUUUGUUCUCUGGAAAUCCACCAAAAUAAAAUCAAACCUGAAAAACUCAAACA